UGACACCGAAAAAUGAUUGUGCCUUUAUCUUACCAUCUGGUUCGUGAAUCGUCCGCAAGCGCCAGUUCGAGUUGUUCUAUUACGUGCAUCACUUGUUCCUGGUGACAUUUGUAUUCCUCUUCCUCCACCAUGACAACCAGCUUACGUACAAGUACAUUGCUGGCCCACUUGCUUUGUAUGCCCUCGACCGCCUCUACCGCAACCUGCGCAGUGUCUUUGGCAAGUCACCCAUUCGCGCUGUGGAUCCAGCACCCAUCUGGCGUGGUCGAGAUUCAGAUGGAUAAGAAGAUCGUCGGUGUCCGCCCCGGCCAGUACGUCAAGGUCUACUGUCCCUCGGUCUCGAUGCUGCAGUGGCACCCACUGACAAUCUCCAGCGCACCUGAGGAGGAGCUUCUCACCAUCCACUUCCGCCUCGAAGGCAGCUGGACCCGCAACCUGGCCAAGCGUCUCGGCUGCAACUUUGGCGACGAUGUCCGUGGCUCUAGUGUGCAGAAUGUGGUUUCCAAGGACGACGGCGUCGAUGUAUUCAAGUUUGCAAAGGCAGAGAGACCGCGUCCUACGUCGCAGCACCUGGACAUUCCCUACCACCCACUGCACCACGAUCCUACAACUGCCCCGAUGUAUUCGAAUGUUGGCGGCAACAGUUCGUAUGUGAGCAUCGAUAUGAUUACAAAGGGUGGCAGGCAAGUCUAUCCGCAACAGUAUGGCGCUGAGUGCUGAUGACGAGAAGGAGAUGGCCAGGAUCUCUAUGCAUGUCACAGACAAGAGUAACGACAACAACGUAUCAACCUCGGCGAAUGUUGAAGAAGGUAAUAUGGUUAUCAAGAUGGGUCGUGAAAUGCCGUUGCUGUUCAUUGACGGUCCGUACACGGCGCCUACCGAGCACUUCUUCAACUACGAGGUCGGCGUGCUCAUUGCUGCUGGUAUUGGAGUCACUCCUGCCUGCAUCGGUCCUCCGUAGCGUGUACUUCCAGUGGAUCCGCGACAGAUACGCAAUGAACACGAAGAAGGUGUACCUAUUCUGGGUGUACCGCGACA